AAUGAAACAGUUUAAACCACCAGCAACAAUCUUUGAAAUUCAUAAGAAGAGAAAUGCGUCUGUUAUAGAAACCAUGAAACAAAAAAGGGAAAAACACGCUGAAAUAAUCGAAGCAAAUGCAAAGAGAAGCGAAGAAAGAAAAAAUAAUCAAUUGAAUGAAUCCAUUUCUUCUGAUAGAGGAUCUGUCCUUGAUCAAGAUGUUGAUUUAGAAAAUACAUUUGGAUCUAUCAUUGCACCAAAACCUAAAAUGAGGAGGGUUUUCAAGAAAGAUGACGAAAGUUUCGUUCCUUACAAGCCAAAAGACUUUGCCAGUGAAAAUGGGCUAAGCUUAAAGAGCAGUUUCGAGAAAGAUGCCUCUAACGCCAUGAUGGACCUAAUUGGGGAUGAUCAGGAUAUAGGACGAAAACUUAAUAAUCAUAAAAAAUGGGAUAGAAAGAAGAUGAAAUUUGUUGGAGAAACGAACGAUAAGAAGAAAAUUAAAACGGAAAGUGGUCAAUGGAUAUCUUCCACGUACAAAUCGAAAGUAUACAAAGAAUGGUUAGAUAAAACAAAAAUGAAGUCAAGAGAGGAACACGCUGAUAUGGACAAUGACGAUCGAGUAAAAGCUCCUAAGAAGGCAAGGUCGGGCAGAUUGCAAGUUUUAGGAGGCGAAUCCAAAUUUAAAAGAGGUUUUCAUACAAGGCGUGAAGAAACUAAAGCCAAUAAGAAUAAAAGAGAAUUAAAGAGGAAAGAUGAAAUUGUUAAAGAACGAAGGAAGAAAGCCAAUCUUCAAGCUCGUAUGAAACAUCGUGAAAAACGAAAAAGGAAACGUUAA